UCUAACAAAGCAACACUCAAAUGGCACUGGGGGUGCUUUGCGAAUUAAAUAAAUUUUUGUUCGAAAUGUCUAAGAAGUUCUAUUGUAAUUGUUAAAAACCAAGUUAUGAAAUUCCUUGUUCAUGCAAAGAGACUGAAAGCUGAUGGAAGAUUUACUUGACUCAUGUUUUACCUAGUAAUGCAUUUGCUGCAACAACUUCCUCCUCUCAUGCAGGUAUCUGUGAUUAGUGAAUUGGCUGAAAGAAGUACCACCACGUUCGCCAACAGUACUGAUACAAAUUUGGAUGUUAGAGAUGACAUUGCUGUACAUAAAAAUAUUAUGUCUUCAACUGCUUACGGCGUUCAAUUUAUAUAUACUAUACUUAGCACUGUCAAGUAUCACCAUAGAGCAAACGGUAAUGACAUUCCGCUCACAAUGGCUUGAGUUACCAUUUAAAGUUAAAAACAUUCAAGUGAGUCGUUACCUGCACCGCAAGUCCAGUGCACAAGAAUAUGCAUUCAGUAAUCACAAAAUAUCUGUUUCGCACCUCCUCCUAAUUUACUAUCUAAGCAACUGCAUUUGCGCUGCAACAUUGCCACCUGUAAUCCGUUUAG